AUGCCGACGCCGGGCCGCAAGACCGUCCUCGUCACAGGCGCGACAGGAAAUCAAGGUGGUUCGGUCGCGAAACUCCUCCUGCAAUACCCUGACGAGUACGUCGUGCGAGCACUCACGCGGAACCCGGACUCCGUACCAGCGAGGAAACUCUCCGCGUUGGGCGCACACGUCGUGCAGGGCGACUUGACGGAUCCUUCGACCCUGGAUGGUGCAUUUCAGGAUUGUUGGGGCGCGUUUGUGGUGACGAACUUUUAUGAUGCGAAAAUCCAAAACGAUCCCUCCAGCGAAGAACAACAAGGCCGAAACGCCGCUUUGGCGGCCCAGCGCGCGGGCGUCUCGUGCUUCAUCUGGUCGACACUCCCCUCCUCGGUCGCGAUUUCGGGCGGCCAAGUCAAAUGCGAGAUCUACGAGGGCAAGUACCGUGUCGACGCAUUCAUUCGGGACGAAUUGCAGCUCGAGUCCGCCGUGUUUGUGUAUACGGGGAAUUUCUACGAGAAUAUGGUGCUGAGAGGGCAUGUCGUGAGAACCGAGGACGGGAAGGGCAUCGAGUUUCGGCAGCCCGUGAUCCAGGAGACCACGAAGCUGCAUAUGGUGUGGGUGGAGAAAGACCUCGCGGGGGUUGCGAAGGCGGUGUUUGACAACUGGGAAGAACGCAAGGAGGAGUUGAGAUGGCGACAUCUCUAUGCGAUGGAUGCGGUCCACACGCCGCGGGAAAUUUGUGAGGUGGUACAUCGAGUUACGGGGCUGCCGACGAAAUAUGUUGUCCUGCCCACUACUGGCAAUGCGGAGAGGGAUAUCAUGUUCAAUCUGUACAACAAGACGGGAACUUACCCUGGAGUGGUUCUCCCGGACAAGCACGUGCUGGAUCUGGGAGUCAAACUGCAUAGCUUAGAGGAAUUUGUAAAGGAAAGGCUGGUGCCGCAUUUGGGCCUUGACUGA